GGUGACCAGGGCCAGGUAACCAGAUAACCUCACCUCACCUCACUACAUGGAAGUAAGUUUCUCCCCUUUCACAUAGCGAAGGACCUCAGGACCUCAGGACCUCGACUCUAUUUCAAUUGCCUUCAAGUCACCUCGCAUCGCUGUUUCUCUCACAUGCGAAUGAUUAAGGCAUAAGAAUACCUUCUACCUGCUAAUGCACCAUGGGCAGCCUGAUCGAUGAGAAGAUGGAGAGCAACGAGACCACGCCAUUGAUUGCCACUGUACGGGUUGCACCCGCGAGACAACGAUACAGCCAUAGCGUAGUCCGUCGAUUCUGCACAAUUGCUCUCGGAUCCUCUUUGAUCGCUCUCACUGUCCUAUUCCUCCUCCCAGUCGCCCUCCUCCCGGAUCAUCACCAUCGAAAAUUCCCCCACUAUCGCCCUCAGCCGCAAUCAAUUGCUUUCGAGGAGCUUCAAGCAAUAUUGCUAGAGACGCCAAGGGAGGAGAAGGCACAAGAAUGGAGCAAGUACUACACAUCUGGACCACAUUUGGCAGGAAAGAACUAUAGCCAGGCUGUCUGGACACAGGAGAGAUGGGAGGAGUGGGGAAUCAAGUCUGGUAUUGUGGCAUAUGAUGUCUACAUCAAUUACCCCCUCGGCCAUCGACUCGCUUUAUACGAGAACAAGAAGAAGGGCAAAGAUGAUGUGGAUUCGUGGAAAGUCAAAUUCGAAGCGAGCCUUGUGGAAGAUGUCCUAGAUGAAGAUCCAACCACUGGACUGGAAGACAGCAUUCCCACGUUUCAUGGCUAUUCUGCAAGCGGAAACGUCACAGCACCCUACGUCUAUGUUAACUACGGAACAUACCAGGACUAUGAGGAUUUGAUAAAUGCGAACAUUAGCUUGGAAGGAAAGAUUGCGGUUGCAAAGUAUGGGGGAAUCUUCAGAGGUCUCAAGGUGAAGCGUGCUCAGGAGUUGGGAAUGGUUGGCACAAUCCUCUUCUCGGACCCUGGAGAUGAUGGAGCUGCAAGCGACGAGAACAACGUAACAACAUACCCCAAAGGUCCUGCGAGAAACCCGAGUAGCGUACAACGAGGCAGUGCCCAAUUCCUAAGCGUCGCUCCUGGGGAUCCAACAACCCCUGGUUAUCCUUCGAAGCCUGGAGUUCCACGCCAACCAGUCGAAGGAGGAAUCCCCUCGAUUCCCUCGAUCCCAAUUUCAUAUGUCGAUGCUAUUCCGAUUCUCAAAGCUCUCAAUGGACAUGGUCCAUCCUCAAAGGACUUGAACAAACAUUGGGAACGAAAUCAAGGACUGAAGUACAAAGGUGUUGAUUAUAAUGUUGGACCCUCCCCGGAUGAUUUGGUCCUCAAUCUCGUUAACGAACAGGAGUACGUGACAACACCUCUCUGGAAUGUCAUUGGUGUCAUCAAUGGCACUCUUCCCGACGAAGUGAUCGUUAUCGGCAAUCACCGUGAUGCCUGGAUUGCUGGUGGAGCAGGAGACCCAAACAGUGGUUCGGCAGCGCUCAAUGAAGUCGUUCGCUCGUUCGGUGUUGCACUUUCCCAAGGCUGGAAACCUUUACGUACUAUUGUCAUCGCAAGCUGGGACGGUGAAGAGUACGGAUUGGUUGGGUCAACAGAAUGGGUAGAAGAAUACCUCCCGUGGCUCUCGCAUGCCAACGUUGCAUACGUCAAUCUAGACGUCGCAACUGUCGGACCUAUCUUCCAUGCUUCAGCUUCCCCGCUUCUCAACAAAUUAUUGUACGAAGUCACAGCAUUGAUCCCAUCGCCCAACCAAACCGUGCCGGGCCAGACGCUUGGCGAUCUCUGGAAUGGCCAUAUCAGUACCAUGGGCAGUGGAUCAGAUUUCACUGCUUUCCAAGACCAUGCUGGCGUUCCGUCCAUCGACUUUGGCUUCGGGCCUAAUGAAGAAGAUACGAAUAAUGCCGUUUACCAUUAUCACUCGAACUACGAUUCCUAUUAUUGGAUGAACACAUAUGGGGACCCAGGAUUCCAUUACCACAUAGCCACGGCCAAGUUAUUCGGUCUGUUUACUGCAAGAUUGGCAGAAUCUCCUGUUAUACCACUUAAUGCUACCGACUACGCUAUCGCCCUUGACGAAUACAUCUCGAAAGUGGAAUCUAAACUUUCCGGCACGGCAGAGGAAGACGAUAUCGAAGUUCGAGCACGCCCAACUCCGACUGGGCACAAGGGCGACCUAGAAGAUCUGAAGGUGUCCUUCAAGAGACUCCACAAAGCCGCCAAAAAGCUCAAGAAAGCAGCUAAAGCCCACGAUGCGUGGGCCAUAGAAUUAGCUGAGGAGGCAGGACAAGACAUUCCCUGGUGGAAGUGGUACUCCAAGAUAAAGCUCUACUACAACAUCCGCAGAGCCAAUAGCAAAUACAAGUAUCUCGAGCGACAAUUCCUGUAUUCGAAAGGAUUAGAUAGCCGCCCUUGGUUCAAGCAUAUUGUCUUUGCGCCUGGUCUGUGGACGGGCUAUUCCGGGGCCGUGUUUCCUGGGCUCGUAGAGGCGAUUGAUGCAAAGGAUUAUGGCAUUGCGCAGAAGUGGGUGGGGAUUAUUCAUGGCAGCUUGUACAAAGCGGCAGGUAGCUUGGAGUAGGAAUGGUGGAGGUUGCCCCUAUUUCAGGAUACAUAUAGUGCAUGCCACGAGAAGUUUUCUCUCCUUCGUAAUAAGGGAUUUUAGUAUUCGGGCGACGUAGAUAAAAGUAGAUGAAUGAAAGAGUGUAUCCCAG